AUGUUGGGCAAAUGCCGUGGGCCUAUAUGGCAAAUCGAUGAUUUCACAAACUGUGUACAGAGAGAUUAUCUGAAAGUACUCUUUCCGCUAAUAGUCAUCGGCCUCUCGUUCCUCAUCCUAAUAACAUCUGCGGUCCGCCGGAAAAUAAAGUUAAAACAGAAACCCAAGUAUCGACAACUGCGAACGGGAUCAAUUGACCGUACAACGAUAAGUGGCAAUGGAUUCAGUCAUCAUAAUGGGGAGGCAAUUGCAAACGGAAACGAGCACACCGCUGUCGAUGACGAAGACGAGGGGUUGUCGAUAAAUGGCGGUGGACGAUUGGUAUUGACGAAAACGAUCACUCAAGGAUCGGUUGCUGCCAUUGAUAGUCCUAGAGGCCAGAACACCUUGACAGUUAUUGAGCUUCUUGCAAUCACGGUAGAACUUGGUAUCCAGAUCGCAGUUUUCGUACUCGGCGCAUAUGGUUCAAAGGGGGUUGUGGCCGCCACUGCUGGAAUCUUUACCUGGACCUAUAUUUUGAUACUCGCAAGUUUGAGAUUUGCUUUCUCCAAUACGAAAUGGAGAGUCCCAAAGAUUUGGAAUCACACGGCUGCUUUAUACACUGCACAGUGGCUCUUUUCGCUGGUUAUAUUCCGCUCCGCGAUCAUCCACCCGCGUUCCAGAGUCAGCCAGGGACUUAUUAUCUCGGAUUUCAUCCUCUCUUCGUUCCUUUUCGGACUCGCAAUUACUACACGCAAGGGCAACAAGGCUGUGGUCUUGGAGUGGGAGGGAGACAUUCAACCCUCAAAAGAGCCGUUGGCCAGCUUGUUUUCCAUUGCUACCUUCGCAUGGGUCGAUUCUAUUGUUUGGCACGGCUAUAUCAACACCUUCGAAAUCGGAGAUGUCUGGAACCUGAUGCCAAAGGACAAAGCGGCAGCUGUUUUGGCAGACUACAGACUACUCAAAAAGACGUCGGCCUUAGUAUGGCAUUUGAUGCGCUACUUUAAAGGUCUUCUUACUAUACAGUGUGCUUAUGCCGUCUUUUCCGGCCUUUUCAACUUUGCACCUACAUUGCUGUUGAAAGCUAUUCUUGAAUACAUUGAAGAUCCAGAUUCGGCGCCUCGCAAUGUCAUCUGGCUAUACGUCAUUCUUCUUGCCUUUACAGAUAUUCUUCGCUCGCUCGCUGAUCAGCAGGCCCUUUGGAUUGGCCGCAAGAUCUGUAUAAGGCUCAGGGCAAUCAUCAUUGGUGAAAUCUACGCUAAAGCAUUAAGAAGAAAGGCUGCAUCAGGAAGUGACUCUGUUCUUGGCGCAAAGAAAGAUCUUAAGGAUGUAGAGAAGCCUAGCUGGUGGCGAAGAUCACUUGGAAAGAAGAAGGGUGAGCAAACUUCUAAUGCCGCACAAACUCCACCAGCUACUGCAACUGGGGCUGGAAAGAAGACAGAUGAGCAAGCUAAUGUUGGUACCAUCAUAAAUCUCAUGUCUGUUGAUUCUUUCAAAGUCAGCGAAGUCACUGCGUAUCUUCACUUCCUCUUUGCUGCUGCUCCAACCCAAUUGAUCGUAGCUGUAUAUCUUCUCUAUCGUAUCCUCGGAAAGAGUAGUAUUCCAGGUCUCGUUGUCAUGGCUAUUCUUCUCCCUGUGAAUAUUGGAUUCGCUCGUGGCUUUGGAGCUGCCCAGAAAAAAAUUAUGGCAGCUACCGAUAAAAGAAUCCAUACUACCAAUGAAGUCCUAGAGAACAUUCGUAUCAUUAAAUACUUUGCGUGGGAAAAACGCUUUACUGAUAUUGUCAAUGAUAAGCGAGCUGAUGAGUUGAAAGCAUUACGCUUAAAGUAUAUCAUCUGGGCUUUCGCUGUUGCUGUGUGGAACACGGUCCCGGUAGUUAUUACUUUCUUCUCGUUUCUCUAUUAUACAGUUGGAGAGAAGAAGCCGCUUUAUCCUUCCAUCGCAUUCACAGCUAUCUCACUCUUUAAUAUUCUACGCGUUCCUCUGGAUCAAUUGGGCGACAUGAUAGCUCAUGUUCAGGAAAGUCAAGUAUCAAUCAAUCGAGUAGAGGAAUUCUUAAAUGAAGACGAGACUGAAAAGUACGAUCAGCUCUCACAUGAUAACUUGGAUGAGGAUGGUAAUCAAAUGAUUGGAUUUAAGAAUGCUACUUUGUCCUGGGGUGGCAAAGAAGCCUUCACUGAUGAAGAUGUCUCAACUGCAUUCCGAAUGAUGGAUUUGAAUGUCAAAUUCGAAAUUGGUCAUUUGAACAUCAUUGCUGGACCCACUGGAUCUGGAAAGACGUCUCUCCUGAUGGCUCUUCUCGGCGAGAUGGCUCUAAUCAAAGGAAAGGUGUUCCUACCUGGCGGUUUCAGUCGUGAAGAUGUCCGACCCGACCCCGAAACUGGUCUUACUGAAACCGUCGCUUAUUGCGCUCAACAACCUUGGCUCGUGAACGCUAAUAUCAAGGAAAACAUUUUGUUUGCUGCUCCACUGGAUGAACAGAGAUACAAGGAUGUGAUAAUUGCUUGCGCUUUAGAACGUGAUCUGGACAUUCUGGAUGAUGGCGAUGAAACACUUGUGGGUGAAAAGGGCAUCAGUCUUUCCGGUGGCCAAAAGCAACGUAUCUCUCUCGCAAGAGCUCUUUACUCCAACUCUAAACAUGUACUCCUCGAUGAUUGUUUGAGUGCUGUGGAUUCACAUACUGCCAAGUGGAUAUUCGAUAAUUGUAUUCGAGGACCAUUGAUGCUUGAUCGUACAUGCAUCUUAGUCACGCACAAUUUAUCUCUCUGUGUUCCUCAUUCUCGAUAUGUUGUUUGUCUCGAGAACGGUAGGAUCACCGAACAAGGAUCCGCAGAUAAGGUUAUAGCUUCAGGGAAAUUAGGAGAGGAAAUUACUAAAUCAAGCCCCGCUUCUGCUCUUCACUCACGAAUCCCAUCUCGAGUCCCUUCUAGCAUCGGUGAGGAGAGCAACGAAACUCUUAUUGAGGAGCAAUCUGCAAAUGGUAAGCCGGACGAUGCAAAUGCAAAACCAAAGGCGAAGAAAUCCAAAGAAAAGAAAAACGCCAUGGCCGAAACAAAAGCAGAGGGUGGUGUCAAAUGGAGAGUCCUCGUAUUGUAUUUGAGAGCCAUGGGUCCUUGGUGGUUCUGGGUUCUCGCUGUAAUGGUUUUUGGAGUCCAACAAGUUGGCGCUCUUGGGGCCAAUAUAUGGAUUAAGCAAUGGGCAAAUCAAUAUGAUGCUGAAGCUGUCCGAACCAAAUAUCACUUAUCCGCAAACAAUUACAUUGGCAAUACUAUCUCUACUAUCCAAGUCGCGAGCUCAAAGUUAUCUCAAGUUCAACCAUAUUUCGACCCUAACAAGACUUCGAUUGUGGCGAAGCUCGCUCCAGAUGUUGAUGUUGGAUAUUAUCUCGGGGUUUAUGCUUUGAUUGGUAUCGCAUGCAUGUUGAUUGCCCUUUUCAGAGACUUCUGGCUCUUCUUUGGUUCUCUUACCGCAAGUUGGAGAAUCCACGAGAAUUUGAUGAAAGCCGUCACCCGAGCAAAAUUUAAGUUCUUUGACUCGACUCCAUUAGGUCAACUCAUGAAUCGGUUUAGUAAGGACUUGGAAGCUGUUGAUCAAGAAGUCGCACCUAUCGCCAUUGGAGUCAUGUCAUGUGCCUUGGCUAUUAUUGUAACGGUCGCUUUGAUCACUGCUAUCACUCCUGGCUUCUUGAUUGCAGGUGUAUUCAUCAGUGCUAUGUACUUCUUUGUUGGAAAAUUCUAUCUUCGAUCAUCAAGAGAUUUGAAGAGAAUUGAAUCAAUUCAAAGAAGUCCAUUGUUCCAGCAAUUCGGAGAGACACUCAACGGAGUUACCACUAUCCGAGCUUAUGGUGAUGAAAAACGAUUUGUUCGAGACAACAUGUUACGAAUCAACACUCAUAGUCGACCAUUUAUUUAUCUAUGGGCAGCAAAUCGAUGGUUAUCAUUCAGAAUUGACUUGGUCGGUGAUCUCGUCGCAUUCUUCGCAGGAGCAUUUAUUGUCAGUAGUAUUGGUACUAUUGAUGCUGGUUCGGCUGGUCUGUCCCUAAGUUAUGCCAUCAGUUUUACGGAGAAUGUUCUUUGGAUGGUACGGCUAUAUUCUAUGAAUGAACAAAACAUGAACUCCGUAGAGCGAAUCAAGGAGUAUCUGGACGUCGAGCAAGAAGCAGCAGAGUAUAUUGAAGAAACUGAGCCGGCCAAGAACUGGCCAAGUCAAGGAUCUGUGGAAUUCAUUAAUUACACCACAAGAUAUAGGGAAGACUUGGAUCCUGUAUUACGAAAUGUCAGUUUCAAAAUCCGACCUUUGGAAAAAGUUGGUAUCGUUGGCCGUACAGGUGCAGGAAAGAGUUCUCUUGCCCUUGCUCUAUUCCGUGGUCUUGAGGCCGAGGAGGGAAAGAUUUUGAUUGAUGAUGUUGAUGUUGGUCUUAUUGGCCUUCGUGAUCUUCGUGAGAGAAUAACCAUCGUACCACAAGAUCCAACCCUUUUCACAGGUACCAUUCGAAGUAAUUUAGAUCCUUUCAACCUCUUUACAGAUGAAGAUAUCUUUACAGCUUUACGAAGGGUUCAUUUGAUUGGACCAGUAGGAACAUCGACAGCUCCUUCCACCCCAGGUGUCUCACGACCACCAUCUAUUGAAUCAUUAUCAGGCUCUACAACCACCAACAAGAAUAUCUUCUUGAACCUCAAUUCCACCGUUACAGAAUCAGGAAACAAUCUCUCACAAGGUCAACGACAACUUCUUUGUUUAGCUCGCGCUUUACUUAAACAACCCAAGGUUCUCAUGAUGGAUGAAGCUACUGCUUCUAUUGAUUAUACCACUGAUGCCAAGAUUCAAGAAACGAUAAGGGAACUCAAGAGUACGAUUAUCACAAUUGCGCAUCGUUUGCAAACAAUUGUGGAUUAUGAUAAGGUGUUGGUAUUGGAUAAGGGAGAGGUGGUAGAAUAUGCCCAUCCGCAUGAGUUGUUGAAGAAGGAAGGGAAGGAUGCGAUUUUUAGAGGGAUGUGUGAGACGAGUGGAGAUUUGGACGGGUUGAAGGAGGCGGCGAAGAAGGCUUGGGAGGCAAAGAGACUAGUGGAUGAUGAGUAG